CGCGCCCUUGAUGCCCUGGCUGCGCUGCAUCUUGCCUCUCGCCCACCACCGUCUCAGCGCCGUCCUCAAGCCCGCGACUCACUGCGCCUGCAAGUCUCUCGCCCGCCCAGCGCAUACACGCGCCUUCCCGCCCGGCCCGGCGUUUCUGCUUUCGCGCCGCUCGCCGUCCGCGCCUCCGCGCCGCCCUCAUCUCGCCGCGCCGGCGCCGCUGCAGCAGCUGCACGCCCGGCCCCACCAGCGCUUCCCAGCCCCCUUCACCACCUCAGCCGCAGCCAUGUCCUCUGACGGCGGCGACCUCUACAUGUCCGACGGCGGCAGCGACUACGACGUGCCCGCCGUCAAGAAGAAGCCUGCCGCCAAGGCCUCUGCAAAGCCGCGCGCCAAGCCAGCGGCGGACAAGGCGCCCAAGGCCGCGGCGGCGCCCAAGAAGAAGAAGGAGCCGCUGGCGCGCAAGAGCAACGAGGGUGCCAGCGCCAGCGAGUUUGACUUUGACGGCGACGAGAGCAUCUUCGAGCACCCCGAGGUGCUCGCGAAGACUGCUCCGGCUGCGGCCGGUGGGUCGAAGUCGGCCACGCAGACGUACCAGAAGCUCUCGCAAUUGGAGCACGUCCUGAAGCGGCCGGACACGUACAUUGGCAGCGUCGAGCACCACGAGGAGGAGCUGUGGGUGUACGACCCGACGACGCAGCAGAUGGCGUACCGGAAAAUCUCCUACGUGCCGGGCUUCUACAAGAUCUUUGACGAGAUUUUGGUCAACGCCGCCGACAACAAGGUGCGCGACCCGACGAUGGACACGAUCAAGGUCACGAUCAACAAGGAGGAGGGCUCGAUCACCGUGUGGAACAACGGCCGCGGCAUCCCCGUCGAGAUGCACGAGAAGGAGGGCAUCUACAUCCCCGAGCUCAUCUUCGGCAACCUGCUCACGUCGUCGAACUACGACGACGACGAGGACAAGGUGACGGGCGGCCGCAACGGCUACGGCGCCAAGCUCGCCAACAUCUACUCGACGUCGUUCACCGUCGAGACGGCGGACAAGAAGUCGGAGAAGAAGUACGUGCAGACGUUCACCGACAACAUGAGCAAGGCGGGCAAGCCGAAGAUCACCAAGGGCGGCAAGACCGAGUACACGAGCAUCAGCUUCAAGCCCGACCUGGCGCGCUUCAAGAUGGAGCGCAUCACCGACGACACCGAGGCGCUGAUGAUGAAGCGCGUGUUCGACAUGGCCGGCACGGUCAAGGACUGCAAGGUCUUCCUCAACGGCGAGCGCCUCAAGGUCAAGACGUUCAAGCAGUACGUCGAGAUGUACGUCAAGGCCAUCAACGAGCUGAGCGGGCAGCCGAAGCUCGACGAGAACGGCGACGUGGCGGGCGCGACGCCGGCCAAGCAGACGAUCAUCUUCGACACGCAGGUCGACAAGGGCCGCACGUGGGAGGUGGCGUAUGCCGUGUCCGACGGCCAGUUUCGCCAGUGCUCGUUUGUCAACCACAUCGCGACGAUUAAGGGCGGCAAGCACGUCGACAUGGUCACGGCGCAGGUCGAGACGAAGAUCAUCGAGCUGCUCAAGAAGAAGAAGACGGGCCCCAUCAAGGGCUCGCAGGUGCGGCAGCAGCUCUGGAUCUUUGUCAACUGCGAGAUCAUCAACCCAACGUUCGACGGCCAGACGAAGGAGACGCUGACGCUCAAGCCGAGCGCGUUUGGGAGCAAGUACACCGUGUCCGACGAGGUCAUCAAGAAGAUCAUGAAGGCGGGCGUCGCCGACAAUGUGCUCUCGUUUGCCAAGUUCCAGCAGGAGAAGCAGAUGAAGAAGCUCGACGGCCACAAGCGCAACCGCAUCACGGGCAUCGUCAAGCUCGAGGACGCCAACAAUGCGGGCACGCGGCGCGCCGCCGACUGCACGCUGAUCCUGACUGAGGGCGACUCCGCCAAGGCGCUGGCCGUGUCGGGCCUGACGGAGGUGGGGCGCGACAACUUCGGCGUGUUUCCGCUGCGCGGCAAGCUGCUCAACGUGCGCGAGGCGUCGACGGAGGCGAUCCUGAAGAACGUCGAGAUCAACCACAUCAAGACGAUUCUCGGCCUGCAGCACGGCAAGGUGUACAACAGCGUCGACAGCCUGCGCUACGGCAGCCUCAUGAUCAUGACGGACCAGGACCACGACGGCUCGCACAUCAAGGGCCUCAUCAUCAACUUCCUCGACCACUUCUACCCCUCGCUGCUCAAGCAGGCCGGCUUCCUUGUCGAGUUCAUCACGCCGAUCGUCAAGUGCACCAAGGGCAAGCAGGAGGUGUCGUUCUUCACGCUGCCCGAGUACGAGAACUGGAAGGCGGCGCACGCCGACGGCAAGGGCUGGGUGAUCAAGUACUACAAGGGUCUCGGAACGAGCUCGGCGCAGGACGCCAAGAAGUACUUCCGCGCCAUGGACAAGCACCUGCUGCCCUUCGACACGACGCAGCCCGGCGACCGCGAGCUCAUCGACCUGGCGUUCAACAAGAAGAAGGCCGACGACCGCAAGGAGUGGCUGCGCCAGUUCCGCCCGGGCACCUUCCUCGACCACAACAUUGCCAAGGUGCCGCUGGCCGACUUCAUCAACAAGGAGCUCAUCCUCUUCUCGAUGGCGGACAACGUGCGCUCCAUCCCGUCAAUGGUCGACGGCCUCAAGCCGGGCCAGCGCAAGGUCAUGUUUGGCUGCUUCAAGCGCAAGCUCAAGGCCGAGAUCAAGGUCGCGCAGCUCGGCGGCUACGUCUCCGAGCACUCGGCCUACCACCACGGCGAGCAGAGCCUGUACAUGACGAUUGUCAAUCUCGCGCAGGACUACUGCGGCGCCAACAACGUCAACAUCCUCUCGCCCAACGGCCAAUUCGGCACGCGGCUCAUGGGCGGCAAGGACGCGGCCUCGGCACGUUACAUCUUCACGAACCUGCCGCCCAUCACGCGCACCGUGUUCCACCCGUCGGACGACCACCUGCUCAACUACCUCAACGACGAUGGCCAGAGCAUCGAGCCGGAGUGGUACAUGCCGACCGUGCCGCUGAUCCUCAUCAACGGCGGCGAGGGCAUUGGCACAGGCUGGAGCUCCUGGGUGCCCAACUACAACCCCGCCGACGUCGUCGCCAACCUGCGCCGCCGCAUGGCUGGCGAGGAGUACGUGCCCAUGACGCCGUGGUACCGCGGCUUCACGGGCCCGAUCGUGCAGUCGGCGUCGGACCGCUUCCGGUGCUCGGGCAUCAUCCGGCAGGUCGACGACAAGACGUGGGAGAUCACCGAGCUGCCGAUCCGCACGUGGACGUCGUCGUACAAGGAGUGGCUCGAGGAGCGCGUCGUCGGCUCGGAGAAGAGCCCGGCGACGAUCAAGGAGUACAAGGAGUACCACACCGACACGACGGUGCACUUUAUCAUCGAGCUCAACGCGCGCGGCAUGGCCGAGGUCAAGGACCAGGAGGCGGCCGAGACGUACUUCAAGAUGCACCACAUGCUCGCGACGUCGAACAUGGUCCUCUUUGACCAGAACGGCAAGAUCAAGAAGUACACGACGCCCGAGGAGAUCGUGGAGGACUUCUACCUCAUGCGCCUGAGCUACUACCAGAAGCGCAAGGACUUCCUCGUCGAGGAGCUCAAGACGGUGUACGAGCGCCUCUCGAACCAGGCGCGCUUCGUGCAGAUGAUCAUCAAGCGCGAGCUCAUCGUGUCGAACCGCAAGCGCGGCGAGAUUGUGGCGGAGCUGCGCAAGCACCAGUUCCGCCCCUUCCCCAAGCAGGCCAAGGGCGCCAUCGCCGCCGACGUCGACGACAACCGCCCGGAGGACGAGGUGGCCUUCCUCGAGGGCGGCGACAGCGCCGACUCGGACUUUGACUACCUGCUCGGCAUGGCCAUCUACACGCUCACCCGCGAGAAGGUCGAGCGUCUGCUCGCCCAGCGCGACGAGAAGGAGGCCGAGCUCACGGCGCUGCUCGGCCGCACGCCGCAGAACCUCUGGGAUGAGGACCUGCACAACUUCACGACGCAGUGGGAGGCUCUGCUCACCGAGGACGAGCGCCGCCUGAAGGACGUGAGCAAGAAGAACAAGGCCAAGACGCUCAAGAAGACGAGCGGCAAGAGCGGUGCCGCCGCACGCAGCAUCGUCAGGAAGGCCGUGCCGCUCUCGGACGACGAGGGCGACGACGACUUUGUCAUUGCGGCACCGAAGAAGGCCGCCGGCGGCUCGAGCGCAAAGCGUGCUGCCAGCGGCGCGCUCUCGGACGACGACCUGGCGCAGCUGGGCCGGCCCAAGUCGCGCAGCAGCAGUCCGGCGCCGCCGAAGAAGGCCAAGACGCUCAAGCAGGGCACGCUCUCUGCGUUCCGGCGCGACGCUGCCGACGACUCCAUCGAAGCCAUCGAGCUGCCGGCCAAGCCCAAGGCGGCGCCUGCUGCAAAAGCGCGCGUUGCGUCGGGCAGCAAGGCCAAGCCCAAGGUGCUCGUCGACUCGGAGGACGACAGCUUCAUGGAGGAGGCCGCGCCGCCGGCUCGUGCCGCGCCCUCGGCGCGCGCCGGCCGCAGUGUCAAGGCGGCCGUCAAGUAUGUCAUGUCCGAGGACGAGGACGAGGAGGACGGCGAGAGCGUGUAUGGCUCGGACUGAGCGAUGUCCGCCUGCGAGUGUGCCGUGUCUGCCGCUGCUGUCUUUCUCCCGUGCCUCUCUGUGUCUCUCAUGUAGCAUUACACUCUGCCCUGACUCAUGUUACCGUUUCCAUGCCGUGGCCAUCGUGAU